UUAUAUUCAUCCCAAAAAUAAUUAACUACUUUUACACUGUCACUUUCCUAUACACUCUGUCACACUACCAACUUCAGAUCCAACACCCCUCUCUUCCCCCUUUCCCAAAAUCCGCCAUUGCAGCUCUCUAUCUUCAACUUCUUCCUCUUCCUUUAAUUCUCUCAAAAUAACUCUCACACUCACAAAAAUUGUAAAGCCAACAACAAUAACAACUCGUCUCAAUCUCAAACAAGUUGGGGUGGGCUAUAUCAAUAUUGGCUUCUUCAUUACUUCUCCAUUUAAGCUCAAAAUCACAAAACUGUAAAACCCCAUUAAAAAAAGCUCAAAAUUUAGCUCCUUCAAAUGGCUGCUUCCCCUAAUAACAGUACCACCAACAAAUCCAAGAACCAAUUAGUCUCCACUAUGAUUAAACAAGGCUUCAUUUCCAACCCCUAUAUCUCUCCUUCUCCUUCACCUUCCCCGCCGCGUGUAUUCAGCCCAACUUCCCCUACCCAAAUUACGACCCGACCCAGCAACCCAAGCCCGACCCUUUUCGAAAUGAUGUCGGAGGAACAGACCCGGGAGUCCAAACACUCGCUUUUUGAAUCGCGUCACAAGGCACACGAGAGAGUUUCUAAGGUUUUGGCUGAUGCACCGUUCCCACGUGUGGGUGACGUCAGGCUGACGAUAGCGGCGCGUGAUGGGUUUAAGGUUUCAAUGGAUGUCCACCGGCGCGUGCUUAUAGGACGGAGUAGGUUUUUUGCUGAGAAGCUUAAGAGUAACGGGUCACAUUCGGUGGAGAUUCUUGAUUGUGAUGACGUGGAGGUUUAUGUGGAGACUUUAGUGCUUAUGUAUUGUGAGGAUUUGAAGAAGAAAUUGAUUGGCGAGGAUGUUUCUAAGGUCCUCGGAUUGCUUAAGAUAUCUUCAGCAAUUAUGUUUGAUGAUGGAGUAUUGGCUUGUUUGGAGUAUCUGGAGGCUGUUCCGUGGACCAUACAAGAAGAGGAAAAAGUAGUAUCUCAUCUCAGUCAACUUCAGCUUCCCGAUUCAGCAGCUGAUAUACUUCAAAGAGUGGUCGCUGAACCAUCAACAUCUUCAAGUUCUGAUGACAUUCUCCAGAGAUUACUCACUGGCGUUUUACAUGCCAAGGAUGAUAAAGCCCGCAAAGAGAUGAAAACAGUGAUAUCUCGUUUGCUAAGAGAAAACGCUAGCAAUAGUAGCAGUCGUGAAAGUAACCUUGAUAUCUCCAGGGAUAGUCUGUAUCAUCUUUGUCACAGAUGUCUCACUUCUCUAAUACUUUGCUUGUCUGAAGCUACAUCUGCGGAUGAUAACAGACAGGAUCGAGGGGUUCUAAUGGGUGAGAUAGCUCGAGAAGCAGACAAUCUGCAGUGGCUAGUUGAUAUCCUAAUUGAUAGGAAAAUGGGAGAUGAGUUUGUAAACCUAUGGGCAGAACAAAAAGAACUCUCUGUUCUCCAUUCCAAGAUUCCCACCAUGUAUCGCCACGAGAUCAGCAAGAUCACUGCACAACUUUGUGUUGCAAUUGGUAGGGGAAAUUUAUUAGUGCCUAAAGAGGUUAGAUAUUCUCUGUUAUCGACAUGGCUGGAAAGUUUAUAUGAAGAUUUCGGGUGGAUGAAGAGGGCUGGUAGAUCAAUUGACAAGAAGUUAGUUGAGGAAGGACUUGGCCAGACUAUUCUAACACUACCACUGGCUCAGCAACAAACCAUACUACUUAAAUGGUUCGAUCGAUUUCUUAAUAAAGGGGAUGACUGUCCCAAUAUUCAGAGAGCUUUUGAAAUUUGGUGGAGAAGGUCAUUUGUUAAGCAAUACACAGUUGACUCUCAGUUACAAUUAGCUCUCUGUGAUUAUACAGAUUGACUAGACACUGUACAAUAUCAAUCUUUGUUUGCUAUGUGCUCCUAUACACCAAUGUAUAUAUGAAAUGCCAUUCUUUCCAACAAUUGUGUAGUUCUUUCAGAUGUAAAUUUUGAUUUUUGGCUUGUUUGA